AUGGAGAUGCUAGACUCUCUUGAUCUAUCUCAUAACCGACUCUCGGGCAAUAUUCCUGCAAGUUUGGCGGAAAUACACACUCUUGGCGUUCUUGAUUUGUCGAACAACAAAUUGUCUGGAAAAAUUCCGACGGGUACUCAACUUCAGAGCUUCAAUGCAUCGUCUUAUGCCGGGAAUGAUGGACUCUGUGGCAACCCUCUACCGAUGUGCAUUGAAGAUAGCUUGAGGCCAUCCACCACUAAUCCGGUGGAUAACAUGAAUGAGAAGGAUGGCAACAACUUCUCAUUUAUGCAAGAAGUUGGCAUAUCAAUGGGCUUUGGUUUUAUCUUUGGAUUUUGGGGAGUUAUUGGCUCAUUCAUAUUGAAGAAAUCAUGGAGAAUAGCAUUCUUCAACUUAUUCGAUGCUGCUGGAGAUUGGUUUUACGUCAGGAUUGCUGUGUUUGUAUCCAAAUGGAGGCGAAGCUGA